AUGCCUAUAAGAAUGACUGAUGCUAGAUCGGAGAAUACUUUUGAUGAGGAUAUUCAACGUUUACGAGCAGCCUACGAGCAGAAACGCAACUCAACAAAUCUUGUGCCUCCGAUUGGUCGGCCUAAUUGGGAUAUCAGUAUUGAUGUCGUAGAUGGCACUGUUAUAUACACUUACUGGUUCGAACUCGAUGACAAUAAACUCCAAUGUAUUCGGCUGGCAGACAUUCCUGACACUCUUUCAGGCGAUAUUCUCCGGCUCAAUCGAAAUUUGCCUACGAGUAUAUGGAACAGCAGAAAUAAUUAUGAGAUAAUUGGAGACAAAGUUACGGAACUCAACAAUGCCCCCAGCCCACCAGAUUUUGAGCCAGACGAUGAAGACAUCACAUCUGAAAUAUCAAUGCUCCCUGAUGUUGUCGUCGACCCUGUGAAGCACUUUGUAAAGAAAGGCAAAUACCGCAGCGAAAUUCGGAAUCUUCUCGCUUGCCAAGGUGGCUCUUGUCCCGGUUCUCCAAUAUCACCACAUAUCAUUCGCCUUUUAGGAAAAUCAGCCGAUGGCAAACUAGUUUUCGAAAAGUUCAAUCCCCGCUACAUCUUAGCUUUGGUGCAUCCUCUUGCACAGUACAAAUCCUGGAUUCUACAAGUGAUCAGCGGUCUCCUAGCUCUACACUCGGUCGGAAUCGUGCAUCGCGACCUGCGUAUCGAUAAUCUCAUCUUCACUCUCAAUGGGGGACAUCGACUUUACAUCAUUGAUCUUGAGAGCCGUUGGGGAAAUCGGCUCGCACCUGAGAUUUCCAAAGAACCAAUUCUGAAUGCGGGCUGGAGCGAAAAGUCUGAUAUUUAUGAUCUGGGUUAUGUUAUUAAGGGUAUGAUAUAUGGAAAUACUCCCAUUACUUACUUGGUUGAGUGGGAUGUUCCUGAGCCACUCAAAAUGGUUGUGGAUGCUUGUACUCGGAUGGCACCUGCGGAUCGUCCUUCUUUGAUGGAGCUUUAUAAUAUGGUAUUGGAGAUCUCUGACUGA